ACAGGAUGACGAGCGUCAGCAAUCACCGAAGGUCUCACCUUUGAGCGACGCUGACAACCGAGUCGACGAGCGAUCUCGCACUAUGAAACUUAAAUCUACCGCGUGCAGCCGAAAAGUGCGUGGUUGAGCGAGUUGUGGGCGAGGGGAGGGAUUUGCAAAUCAAAAGAAUCAUUCAAGAUUUUGCUCUGGACGACACAUUGCGCCACGCAAUGGAGUCGCGCAAAAGCACGGCUUCUCACCGGGAAGAAGCACUCACAGACGCGCAUAGCCCAGUAAGGAUGUCUCACAGGAACGGAGUUGUGCCUGUGACCAAGCCCGUACCUAACGAGCACACCAAGCUGCUUGAUGACGAGGAUCUCGAGCUGGAGAAGGAGACAAAGGAGUACUUUCACACAAAACACGUUGGACUGCUCGCUCUAUUCGUGGUGAUCUGUACUACCAUCUUUCAAGCUGAAGCAGUGCAGCACCUACAGGUAUCCUCCAAUCUUACUCAGUUACCAGUAGUUUAUCUAACGCUUCGUUACCCUUUAGACGGCAGACGACUUCAAGAAACCCUUCUUCGUUAUGUGCUUCAGUCAUGCUGCACCCGUCCUGUUGCUUCCGUUUAUCUUCGCGUACUACCGCAUCUGCGGCACGACGGAAGAUCGCCAUGCUGGGUUCGACAUUGUUGGGGUUUUGCAGCGUCACUCGGUCAUUCCGCUGAAGAAAUUGAUGCGUUUGUCAGCAUUCCUCGGCGUGUUCUACCUCGUCGCCGACUACUUUUGGUUUGCAUCGUUCCAGAACUUGACGGUCGCUGCAGGAGCUGCCAUCUUCAACAGUUCGCCGCUGUUCGUGUACUGCUUCUCGAUCUGCUUGUUGAACGAGAAGCUGGUCGCGAUAAAGGUGUUUGGUGUCUUGCUGGCGUUCACUGGUGUGACGAUGGUUGUGCUGUAUCAAGGAGGUGACCACGCAGGCAUUGGAAGUCCCAGCGUGAUCGGAGGACUCAUGAUGGUCAUUUCAGCAGUGCUCAACGCAGGCUACAACGUGUCGGUGGCUCUCACUGCGGGUGCAGAAAUCAACGACACCUCCACACUCAUGAUCAUGAUGGGCAUGAGUGGAGCGUUCACGAUCCCGGCCUGGCUUGCCGGUACCAUUUUCUUCGCGCACAGUCCGUUUCCGUCGCUCUACGAGCCGAUCGGAUUCCCACCUAUAGCCGAAGGAAACCUCAUGCUGAUGAUCGGUACCACGAUGUUCGUGACCAACUUCAUCUUCCUAACGUUUGCAGUCUGCUGGACGUCGCCGUUGGAGACGAGUGUCGGAUUCAUGUUGACGAUCCCGCUGUCGGGACUCAUGGACACUUUGAUGCACAGCACGAAGUUCACGUGGGAGUGUAUCAUCGGCUCAGUCUUGGUUAUGACGGGGUUUUUAAUCCUGGAGUUGAGCUCCACGCAUCCACCGACGCACCAUUCUCACGAAGAAUCGGCUGAGAAAGCUCAACUAGUGUAAAGAACUAGUAGUCGUUCAACAGAAAAAAAAACAUCACUAAAGCAAUUGGUAUUCUCUCGUUCACAUUGGUAGCUGGCUGAGAC